CAACGGUUGUGUUUCACAUUGUUCGAGAAGAAAUAGCGAGACAAAGUACGAAAGACACAGUAGUUAUAAGAAAGAAGAUAUUUGAUAAAAUAUAGGUCGAUUUGAAAAAUAGUAUCACUUUUUAAAUCGGAAUAAAUUUUUUUGAUGAUGUAGAUAGUGAUUCUUCACAGAUGGGAUAUAUGUGCGAUAUCUGAGGUUUCAAACGCCGAUUCAAGGGUUGGAGAUACGGGAUAAACUGUCCUAGGAAUGAGGAAUACGCUAUUCAAGGAUUGAGGAAUAAACUGUUUUAGGAUUGAGGAAUAAAGUAAUCGAUUAUUGAGGAAAAAACCGUUCGAGGAUUGUGGAAUAGACCAUUCGAUGACUGAGGAAUACUCAAUUCGCAUACUUUAGCCGCUAGAUGGUGACACUAUAGCCUAAUCAUGUCGAAUGCAGGUUCAACGUCCAUCAGCUGGAGAACUGAGUCUGCUGCUAGUUCAUAUGACGUCACAAAACCAAUGACGUCAAAUUCAUCGGUCCCACGGAAGAAAAAAAUGAAUGUAGCAUCAGCGAAAAACUCUGGUAUGAAGUUUCCAUCUUGGACGGGUGGAAAACCCAUCCGGGCAUCUCGUUCCUCAUCACCACGUGAUCAUCUCCAAAGUAACCAGGGGAACUUUCCGAUUAUUCGCCGUAGUCUCGAUGUGAAAGGCGAGCAUAACGUGAAUAAUAUUGUAAGUAGGUUGUCUACCCCUACGUUAUCUGCUAAAAUGAAAAACGUGAAAUACAAACCAAACGUUGCGAUGAUGAACAUGAACUACUACUCGUGGGCCAACAUGGCCGCCUACAAAGAUCAUCAACGCACUCUCUAUACCGGAAAUGGAACUAUGAAACGGUCUAAUUGCAAAUCAGCAAAACGUUAAACCCCCGGAUUUUUUUUUUUUUUUUUUUCUUUUUUUUAUCUUGGAAUGGUUCCUGUUCAUUCCCACGGUUGUUCGGUUAACGAAGCAAAUAUCAAAACGGUUAACAAAUCAAGUUUGUGACAUUGUAUUCUAAGUGAAAUUAGAGAGAAAAGUAGCGAAAGUUAGAAAGUUGUUUUUAAUCAACAUGUGCUUGUGUAUUAUCAUUACAAACACUUUUAAUCAAUAAAAUAGAGCCAUCAUCAAUAUUUGCCUCCAGUAAUGUUUAUUCAAAUAACUUACUAAGGGUGUUUGUAAGACACCAAGUCUGAGAUUCUUGGAUGACGUCAUUGAUCUUGGGGAUAAAAUAGAUUUACUUGCACGUUGUACUUUAUAUUUAUUAUGCAACAUGUGAUAUGGCGCCUUAUCUAGAAUAAUCUACUCCAAAGCGCUUUACAGUAUAAAUAUAAAUGUGCAAACAACAAAAGUUAUCAAUCAACACCAUUUUUAUUAUGAUUUUGUAGAAGCUGCCUUAUCAGGCGCGAACUACUAGUCCUAUGCCACCUGGUUACUAUCUCCAAGUGUUAGCAUGCCUGUACAGGGGCUGUGAUAAAAUGUGUUAUGUUUUGCAGUAAUACAGGAUAUUACCGCGGCUUAUAUCGAAUAAGUGUAUAGAUUAUACCCAGGCUGACAAAGGAUUAUGAAGCCAACAGUUGAAGGAUGUUUUCAUCAUGUCCUGCACAAUAUAGAUUUGGAUUUCCGACCAUAAUUGAUGUAUUAUGGUAUACUUAACAAACAUUAAAAUAUAUGUCUAAUAUCUAAUAAUAUAUUUAAGACAAAAUGGUACCUUUGUGCCUAAAAAUAAAUGUCAAACGCAGAAAAAAAAUGCAUUUACCGUCGAAAAAACAAUUUUUGUUCAAUAAUUUCUAGCAAGAUAAAAAUGACUAUAGUGUUGUAUGCAUGCUCAUUGUUUAUUCAACAACAUUUAUGUUGACUCUGUGUGAUCCAAAGGGUAUUAACCAUGAACCAAUAAGCUAAAUGUAUACAGUGGCUAUUAAAUUAAGUUGUUCAGACAGAUUCACCAUGCU